GACUUCCCAAGUAAGAAGCGGAAGAGGAGCCGUUGGAACCAAGACACAAUGGAACAAAAGACAGUGAUUCCAGGAAUGCCUACAGUUAUUCCCCCUGGACUUACUCGGGAGCAAGAAAGAGCUUAUAUAGUGCAACUGCAGAUAGAAGACCUGACUCGUAAACUGCGCACAGGAGACCUGGGCAUCCCCCCUAACCCUGAGGACAGGUCCCCUUCCCCUGAGCCCAUCUACAAUAGUGAGGGGAAGCGACUUAACACCCGAGAGUUCCGCACCCGCAAAAAGCUUGAAGAGGAGCGGCACAACCUGAUCACGGAGAUGGUUGCUCUCAACCCUGAUUUUAAGCCACCUGCAGAUUACAAACCUCCAGCAACACGAGUGAGUGAUAAAGUAAUGAUUCCACAAGAUGAAUAUCCAGAAAUCAACUUUGUGGGGCUGCUAAUUGGGCCCAGAGGGAACACCCUGAAGAACAUAGAGAAGGAGUGCAACGCCAAGAUUAUGAUCCGGGGGAAAGGGUCUGUGAAAGAAGGGAAGGUCGGGCGCAAAGAUGGCCAGAUGUUGCCGGGGGAAGAUGAGCCACUUCAUGCCCUGGUCACUGCCAAUACAAUGGAGAAUGUCAAAAAAGCAGUAGAACAGAUCAGAAACAUUCUGAAGCAGGGUAUUGAGACCCCAGAGGACCAGAAUGAUUUACGAAAGAUGCAGCUUCGGGAGUUGGCUCGCUUGAAUGGGACCCUUCGGGAAGAUGAUAACAGGAUCUUACGACCUUGGCAGAGUUCAGAGACCCGCAGCAUUACCAAUACUACAGUGUGUACCAAGUGUGGAGGGGCUGGCCAUAUUGCUUCAGAUUGCAAAUUCCAGAGGCCCGGUGACCCCCAGUCAGCUCAGGAUAAAGCACGGAUGGAUAAAGAAUAUUUGUCCCUCAUGGCUGAGCUGGGUGAAGCGCCUGUCCCCGCAUCUGUGGGCUCCACCUCUGGGCCUGCCACCACACCCCUGGCCAGCGCGCCUCGGCCUGCUGCUCCUGCCAACAACCCACCUCCACCGUCUCUCAUGUCCACUACCCAGAGCCGCCCACCCUGGAUGAAUUCUGGCCCUUCAGAGAGUCGGCCCUACCAUGGCAUGCAUGGAGGUGGUCCUGGUGGUCCUGGAGGUGGCCCCCACAGCUUCCCACAUCCAUUACCCAGCCUGACAGGUGGGCAUGGUGGACAUCCCAUGCAGCACAACCCUAAUGGACCCCCACCUCCUUGGAUGCAGCCACCACCACCACCGAUGAACCAGGGCCCCCACCCACCUGGGCACCAUGGCCCUCCUCCCAUGGGUAAAUCAGUACCUGGGAAGUACGCCUGUGGGCUCUGGGGUUUAUCGCCUGCAUCAAGGAAAAGGUAUGAUGCCACCGCCACCUAUGGGCAUGAUGCCGCCGCCGCCGCCGCCUCCCAGUGGGCAGCCCCCGCCCCCUCCCUCUGGUCCUCUUCCCCCAUGGCAGCAGCAGCAGCAGCAGCAGCAGCCUCCACCACCCCCUCCGCCCAGCAGCAGUAUGGCUUCCAGUACCCCCUUGCCAUGGCAGCAAAGAUCUCUCCCAGCGGCGGCGAUGGCCCGAGCCAUGAGAGUGAGGACUUUCCGCGCCCAUUGGUGACCCUUCCAGGCAGACAGCCUCAGCAGCGCCCCUGGUGGACAGGAUGGUUCGGCAAAGCAGCCUGAGUUAUUUUUGUGGACGGAAUCUGAACACGCUGGCUCCAUAUCGUGAAAUUUUUAUUAAUUUUUUUCUUUUUCCUUUGUUAUUUCCUUAUCUCUUCCUUUCUUCAGACUCCGUCCAAGGAGAUGCUCUCCCCGGUCUUCUGCUGCAAUUAGAUUCCUUCCCCUUCUCUCCAUUCCUCAUCCCCUUGCCAAGGAGAGGGGAGCAAAUGGUUUUAGGCACAGGCUUUGGCCAUUAAUGUCAGGCUAGCAGGGGGUUCCCUUGGUUCUACGUUUUUCAAGGUUUCACAGCCACCCCCAAAGAUAUUUGGUUUUUUUAAGUGUGGAGUUUUCUGUCUGUCACCCUUGUCAAGAGAGUCUUGUAAAGUCACUGAGUGUGGGUUCAUCUCCAGGUUCUGUGCUCCGUGUCCACCAUGGCCCACCUGCCAGCAGUGAGGGGGACAGCCUGAACCGCUUUGGGCAUAUCUGCCGGCCUGGAGCCCUUUGUGCUCCCGACAGCCUAGGCUGCCUCAGACUCCAUUUGCUCCUCCCCUUCCUGGAAGGUUUACGUUAACAUUUUAUUUUAAUCCCAAAUGUCUGAAUGUUUUGCAGUGUCUAGGGGCUUGAGCCCCUUGUUUUCCAUUCUGCUUCUUCCCCUUCCUGCCCUUCAUGGAGUGAUUAUGUUGACAAUAAUGUAUAAUGCGCGUUCUCUUCACUGGUUUAUCUGCAGAAAUUUCUCUGGCCUUUUUUUUUCGGUGUUUGAUUCAACACUGCACUAAAGGGGGGAUGUUCCAUUGAAUAAAAGAGCAGUGUGGUUUUC